AUGGCUUAUGAAUCUGAUGAUGAUAAACUUGUGCGAUUGACGAUUUCUAAUUCUGAAGGAGACUUUGAAUAUGAGUUAGAUUCAGAAGAUGAAUCUGAAUCUGAAGUCGAGUCUGAUUAUGAAUAUGAAUAUGAGUUAGAAGAUGAGUCAGAAUAUGAAGAUGAGUCAGAAUUUGAAGGUUCUGAAGAAGAGUCAAAACCUAAGGGUUCUGAAUCUGAGCCAGAGUUAGAAGAUGAAUCUGAAGUUGAAGGAGAAGUUGCCUCUGAAGAUGAUUAUGCCUCUGAAGAUUCUAAUGAUGAUCCAAAAUUUGGAGGUAAUCCAAUCUCUGGAAAUGAAGCUUCUAAAGGAAGAACUUUUGAAGAUAUUGAUUCUGAUUCUGAAGAUGGGUCAGAGCCUGAAAAUGAUUAUGUGAGUGAGUCAGAAUCAAAAGGCGAGAUUGAUUAUAAGGAAGAAUCUGAUUUUAAUCCAGAUUCUGAUGGUGAUUCAGAUUCUGGUGGUAGUCUAGAUUCUGGGAAUAUUUUAGAUUCUGAAGGUGGUCAUGCUUCUGAAGUCGGGAUGAAGAUUAUGUACUCUGAGAAAGGCAUAAUUUUACAUCAGCUGAAAUAUGAACUUGAGCUUCUGAAGAGGUUUGAGCUGCUGAAUUGUAAAGUUGUUGUCACAUCCGUUGAUACAAAUCAGAAAUUGGAUUCUGAUUCUGAUGGUGAUGAUGUAGAUGCGACAGCAUUCAAGUAG